GCUGUAAUGAGAAACUUGGCCACAUGCUAUCCACAAAAGACCUUUCACUAUCCACAUACAAUCUCCACUUUCUGAUAAACAGUUAAAACCAUACACUAAUUUUCGCUCCUCUUCUUCAAGAAUCCACACAAAAACUUCGACAAAGGAAAAUGUCAGUAGCAUCAUCAUCUUCCUUCCCAUGCAUCAAAAUUCAAAACCCAUCUUCCCCAACUCCUCCUCCUCCUUCUUCUUCUUGUCAUUUCAGAGCACUCACAAUAAGGAGCUCUGGAGCUGAAGGACCUUUGAGAAGACCUAUGGCGCAGCCACCUACCCCUGUUAAACCUGUCCCCCCAUCACCAUCUUCGCCGCCGCCGCCUAGUGCUCCUCCUAAGCAGGUGACAGUGGCUGCCGUGGAUGGCAAGAAUGUAAUUACCAUGGAGUUUCAGAGGCAAAAGGCUAAGGAGCUUCAAGAGUACUUCAAGCAGAAGAAGCUUGAGGAAGCUAAUCAAGGACCCUUCUUUGGUUUUAUUGGCAAAAAUGAAAUUUCUAACGGCAGAUGGGCGAUGUUUGGUUUUGCUGUUGGGAUGUUAACUGAAUAUGCAACUGGUUCUGACUUUGUCGAUCAAGUUAAGAUCCUUCUCUCAAAUUUUGGGAUAGUAGACUUGGAAUGAGGUUCCUUCAUAUCAGAAAAUGCCAUAUAUAAGAUACUCUCCUAUGUAAUUUCAUGUAAAAAAUUUCCAAUUGCUUCAAUUAAUUUUCUAUCUUGAAAUUUCAAGUUUAUUUGCUUAAGACCUUGAUUGCAGUGUAGCAUGACUUACACCCUCCUACUUUUGAAAGAAGAAGAAAAUUUGUUGUUUUUCCAUA